AUGGGAUUUGGUGAUUAUCCAGCAGAGUAUAAUCCAAAAGUGCACGGACCUUAUGAUCCAGCACGUUAUUAUGGAGCAGCUGAUGCUCCCUUUGGACAAGUGAAACUGAAUGAAAUUGGUUCUUGGAUUGCUCGUAGAAAUAAAACACCAUCAGCUUUCACUGGAGCCUUGAGUAGAGCAUUCUGGAGAUGGCAACAUAAAUAUGUUCAGCCCAAAAGGGCUGGUAUUGCACCAUUCUUGCAUGUAGUAUUUGGAUCCAUGGCCCUGUUUUAUAUAAUGAACUAUGGAAAAAUCAGCCACCACAGGAACUACAAAUAUCAUUAA